GUAUGCGACCCCUAAACGCAAAUCCCCCUCUGUGCAUUUAGUCUUGCCAAGAUGGAGACUCUCAAGGGGGCAUUCUGAGCUGCUUCUUGUCACUGGGGACAACCACGUGCACGCGGUGCUGAGGCGCCCCACGCGCGUCCUCAGGGGAAGCCAGGCACUGAGAACAAAGGUUUCGGGACCGCUCUUUCAGGAACGCACCAGCCCCGCGAGCUCGCGGCCGCCGGCGCGGUGCAGCCAUUGGCGGGAGAGGACUCAGACCGCAGCUCCUCGCCCCGCCUGCUCCGCAGCGGGACCGCGUUUACCUCAGCUUCCCGGGCAGCGCAGGUGGGUCGGAGAUAGAGCGGAACGAGGCAAACCACCACACGGGAUUGAGGGUUUGCACAAGGACCAUGGGCGCCGCGCUGGGCACAGGCACGCGGCUGGCUCUCUGGCCGGGCCGGGCCUGCGGCGCCCUCCCGCGCUGGACACCCUCCGCGUCUGCCCGAGGCUGCCACUCCAAGUCCGGCUCGGCGCGCCCCGUGCCCCUGAAGAAGCGUGGAUACGAUGUCACCAGGAACCCUCAUCUCAACAAGGGGAUGGCCUUUACACUUGAAGAAAGGCUGCAGCUUGGAAUCCACGGCCUAAUCCCCCCCUGCUUUCUGAGCCAGGACGUCCAGCUCCUCCGGAUCAUGAGAUAUUACGAGCGGCAGCAGAGUGACCUGGACAAGUACAUCAUUCUCAUGACACUCCAAGACCGGAAUGAGAAGCUUUUCUACCGAGUGCUGACCUCAGAUGUGGAGAAGUUCAUGCCGAUCGUGUACACACCCACAGUGGGGCUGGCCUGUCAGCACUAUGGCCUGACCUUCCGCAGACCCCGUGGACUGUUCAUCACCAUUCAUGACAAGGGCCACCUUGCAACAAUGCUGAACUCUUGGCCAGAAGACAAUAUUAAGGCCGUGGUGGUGACUGAUGGGGAGCGCAUCCUGGGCCUGGGAGACCUGGGCUGCUAUGGCAUGGGCAUCCCUGUGGGCAAGCUGGCCCUGUACACAGCGUGCGGAGGUGUGAACCCGCAACAGUGCCUCCCUGUGCUGCUGGAUGUCGGCACCAACAAUGAGGAGCUGCUCAGAGACCCUCUGUACAUCGGCCUGAAACACCAGCGUGUGCGCGGGAAGGCGUAUGAUGACUUGCUGGACGAAUUCAUGCAGGCUGUGACAGACAAGUUUGGAAUAAAUUGCCUCAUCCAGUUUGAAGACUUUGCCAAUGCCAAUGCUUUCCGCCUGCUCAACAAAUACCGUAACAAGUACUGCAUGUUCAAUGAUGACAUCCAAGGCACAGCCUCCGUUGCUGUGGCAGGGAUCCUGGCUGCUCUGCGAAUCACCAAGAACAAGCUCUCCAAUCACGUGUUUGUUUUCCAAGGUGCAGGCGAGGCAGCCAUGGGCAUUGCCCACCUCCUUGUCAUGGCCCUAGAGAAAGAAGGUGUACCGAAGGCAGAGGCCACAAGAAAGAUCUGGAUGGUGGACUCUAAGGGGCUCAUUGUCAAGGGGAGGAGCCACCUGAACCAUGAAAAGGAGAUGUUUGCCCAAGACCAUCCUGAAGUGAACUCCCUGGAGGAGGUGGUGAGGCUGGUGAAGCCCACAGCCAUCAUAGGUGUUGCUGCCAUCGCAGGAGCCUUCACGGAGCAGAUUCUGAGGGACAUGGCCUCCUUCCACGAGCGCCCUAUCAUCUUUGCCCUGAGCAACCCCACCAGCAAGGCCGAGUGCACGGCUGAGAAGUGCUACCGGGUCACCGAGGGCCGAGGGAUUUUUGCCAGUGGAAGUCCUUUUAAGAGUGUGACUCUAGAAGAUGGCAAGACCUUCAUUCCUGGGCAGGGAAACAAUGCUUAUGUGUUCCCUGGGGUGGCACUGGGAGUCAUCGCUGGCGGGAUCCGGCACAUCCCAGAUGAGAUCUUCCUCCUGACAGCAGAGCAAAUUGCCCAGGAAGUCUCUGAGCAGCAUCUGUCCCAGGGGAGACUGUACCCACCACUCAGUACCAUCCGAGACGUGUCUCUGAGAAUUGCCAUCAAAGUUCUUGACUACGCGUACAAACACAACCUGGCCUCCUACUACCCAGAGCCUAAGGACAAGGAGGCUUUUGUAAGAUCCCUGGUCUACACUCCAGACUAUGACUCCUUUACACUGGACAGUUACAGUUGGCCCAAGGAAGCCAUGAAUGUUCAGACGGUCUGAUGCAGUCUCAUGGGCUGGUAUGGGGCUGGAGGAAGCCCAGCAUAACGCCCACAAUAUAAAUGGGUUCCAAAAUGGCCCAAGUGAAUCCUUGUUGCUGUGUUUUUUCUUUUAAACUUUCUGGUGUGAGAGGAGAUGCCAAGGCAUACAUGAAUAAAAGCCUUGUCUCUGAAGGCCCUGGGAGUUCAUUUUUCUGAACCCUCCUCUGAGUUCCUUCCUAAGCAUUUCUUCAUCCAUUAAUUACCAACUACUGGCCAGGCCUUGUGGGAAAUGCAGAAUUUUGCCUAGAAUCCUGCUUUACAGAGCUCAGGCUCUAGUAAAGGAAACUGGACACAAUUCAUUUUGCCAUACGGGAGAAAGUGGUAAGUUCAUGAAAGAAGAGCAGAUAAAAACUGAGGGUAGUUAGAAAAGGGAGAGGAUAUUUCCUAUGAGAACAUAAAAGAAGGCUUCAGGGAGAGCAAUGUUUGCACUGAGUCCUGAGAGGAAAAGAUGGGUAGGAGUCAUGGGGAGAUGAGGAAUGCAAGCACAGCCACUAGCCAGAAAACAUGGCUUACCCAUCAGGGAGUUCAGUCCAUGUCAGCAAUACACACCUUUCCAGACUCAGCAGUGUGUGAAGGCUGAGUAGCUGGGGGCAGCUCACUAUCUAUUCAGGAAUGGUCACUGCCCUAUGGGUUGUUGAGUCUUAGACAUUCUUUUUUGUAAAAGGAAAACCAGAGAAAUGUGGGUGGGGAGAGUCAGUCUGCCAAGGAGUGAAGAAGAAGAGAGGUGGUGACAGGAAGAGCACCACAGGGAGUUCUAGGGAAGACUUGAUUUCAUUUUCCUGGCUCUGAAACACACUCUGGCUUCCAUCCUUCACUCUCUGAAGUAGUUGAGCAACCCAAAGCUGUUUUUUAUACAGUAAUAUCAGUCCAUCCUGGGUGUUUCUUAGACCAAGUUCAGUGCUAGCCUUCAUCUCCCUCAUGAAAAGCACAGCCUAUACACAGGAGUGGCGGUGGGGAGAGAGCUUGCAGCCCCCUGAAAUUAGAUACUGCUAAGAUGUUAAGACAAGGUGAGAUGACAGCUUCCAGCCUCUAAUUCCAUUGUGUAAGAAAGGAAACAAUAAAUCAUGCUUAGGGCCCUACUCCUGCUACCACCUCAGCCUCAGGAUCUCCUCUGCCCACAACGACUAGGCUCUAUACGGCCAACUCUAAAGGACAGACUAGAUGGACUACUAGACUUGCAGAAGAGUAAUUAGCAGAGGCACCACUUACCUCUUGCUCACGUCUUAUUCUUCCAAGGACUGCUUCCUCAGUGCUGGUGAUCAGCCAAGAAUAUCCUGAGAAAACAUCUUUCCUGUAUGAUUCUUGGGAUCAUAGAGAAUGAAAAACUAUUCAGAAGAAAGUUUGAAGAGUGAAGCUGGAAUCUGAGCACCAUGGAACUUUUGGCACUAUCUUUUUACAUCAUGUCCCAUAACUUCCUCUGUACCCUUGCUACAUAUCCUUCAUAAUCAACAUAUUAGAAAAGAAAAAUCAUAGUAGAGAAAAUCAAUGAAAGGAAAAUAGGUUCUUUGAAAAGAUCAAAUAAAUUAACAAGCUUUAGCUAUACUAAUUAAGACAAAAAGAAAGAAGAUACAAAUUAUACUUCCUUUGUUCCAGCCACACUGAACAUCUUGCCAGCACUAAGCACAUGUGCUUUCAAACCUACCCUGAUAUUAUACAUGCUUGGUCUCUCCUCCUGGGAAGUCCUUCUCUUCCCUUUUUUUUUUUCUAUUUACUGAUUAAAUUUUAGUUCACUGUAGCUUUCUGCCUGGAAACAGCAUUCAACCUUGUAUUCCAAAUGCAUUUGGCUCCAUAGAGUAACAAAAUUAAUAAUUAAAUUAGAAAUCAAUAAAUAGAAAAGUAUGGGAAAUUCCAAAAUAUUGGAAAACAGUACCUUUCAAAAUAACCGAUAGAUCAAAGAAGAAAUCACAAGUCAAAUUAUAUAUGUUGAAAUGAUUUUUAAAAAGCUUAUCAAAAUUAAGAUGUAGCUAAAGCAGUAUUUAGAGAGAAACUUCAUAGCUUUAAAUGCUGUCAUGGUUAAUCUUAUGGCACUACAGAGUGCCCAGAUAUUGAUCAAAUGUUAUUCUGGGUGUUUCUGGGAGGGUAUUUUUGGAUACAAUGAAUAUUUAAAUCACUAAACUGAGUAGAUUGUCCUCCACUAAUUGCCCUCAUCCAAUUAGUUGAAGGUCUGAAUAGAAAAAACAGACUGACCCUCCCUUGAGUAAGAGAGACUUAUUCCUACCUGAUGCCCUUCUAACUGAUAUUGGCUUUUUCCUGCCUUCAGACAGGAACUACAUCAUCAUCUUUCUUAGGUCUCCAGCUUGCUGACUCACCCUAUAGAUAUACAUCUUAGAAUCUGACAGCUUCCAUAAUCAUGUGAACCAAGCUAAGUCCUUAUAAUAAAUCAACAGAAAGAGAGAAAGAUCCUAUUGGUUCUGUUUCUCUGGGGUACCCUGACUAAUGCAAAUUCCUAUAUCAGAAGAGAAAGACAGAGAGAAAGGAAGGAAGGAAAGUCUCAAGUCAAUAAUUUAAACUUCCUCCUUAAGAAACAGGGUGGAGGGAAGCAAGCAAAAUUCAAAGCAAGCAAAUAUUAGAGCACAAAUCAAUAUACCUAUAGUAAGGAAAUUAGUAAUUAAAAAAGUCUUUCCCCCAAGAAAAGCCAUGUCCAGAUGACUUCAUUGGUUGGAAUUUAUCAAAUAGGUGAAAAUGAAUACAUAUGUGUGAUGGAAUACUAUACAGCCAUGAAAAAGAAAUAAUAUCAUGUGUUUUACAGCAACAUAAAUGGAACUGGAGGCACUUAAAACUCAGAAACAGAAAGUGAAAUGCCAUAUGUUCUUAUAAGUAGAGCUAAAUAAUGUGUACACAUGAACAAAGAAUGUGGAAUCUCACUGGAGACCUGGAAGGGUGUGGGAGGGUGGAAGGAGAGUGAGGGAUGAGAAUUUACUCAAUGGGUAUAAUGUACACUAUUUGGGUAACGAUUACACUAAAAGCCCAUACUUCACCACUAUACAAUAUAUCCAUGUGACAAAACUUCACCUGUACACCUUCAAUUUAUACCAAAAAAAAGACUGUGUGGUCAUAUAAAUAAAUGAAGCAGAAUUGAGAGUUCAUAAAUAAGUUUUUACAUUUAUGGUAAACUGACUUUUAGUCAAAGUUACUAAGGUAAUUCAUUGGGAGAAAGAAAGUCUUUUGAACAAUGGUGCUGAAACAACUGAAUAUCUACAUGCAAAAAAAAAAAAUGAACUUACACACCUCACACUAAACACAAAAAUUAACCUUUAGACAUCUCACACCAAACAACAAUUAACCUGAAAUGGAUCACAGACCUAAAUGUAAGAGCUAAAACUGUAAAAUUUCUAGGACAAAAAAUAGCAGAAAAUCUUUGUGACUUAGGUUGAGGUGAGUUCUGGGAUAUAACUUUAAAAGCAUGAUUCAUAAAAGGAAAAAACCGUACUUCAUCAAAAUUGAAACAUUUUGCACUUUGAAACACACUAUUGGGGACAAAAAGACAAGCAGCAGACUGGGGGGAAAUAAAUCAUAUAUCUGAUAAAGACAUUGGAUCCAGAAUAUAUAAAGAACUACUUCAACUUAUUAAGAUAACAAUUCAAAUUUUAAAAUGAGCAAAAAAAUGAACAUUUUACCAAAAAGAUGUGUGAAUGGCUAACAAGCACAUGAAAAAAGUGCUUAACAUUAUUAGUGAUAUGAAAAUUAAAACUACAAUGGGAUUACACUUCAUACUCACCAGAAUGGCUAUAAUAAAAAAAGAUGUGUUGGUAAGAAUGUGGAGAACUUUGUCUCCUAAGGACUGUUAGAUUAAGGGAGAGUUCCUUUGCCUUUUAAGUCUUCACCCUAACUCCCCAGGCUCCCAUACACAGCCCCAGUAUUCAGCAAGUGUCAUUUAAGAGAGCGGAUGUUGUGGUUGCACCACCUAGUCCUGCCUUAGGUCUGAAACACUCAUUCCUCCAGAUGCCAUUAUCAGCUCAGGGCCCACAGCUGCAUCCCUCUCUAGGAAUUGCCCUUGACUGAAGGUUAAUGCUUCACCCAAGAUUGUGCCAUCAUCCCCAGGGGAAUACUACAGGCAAUGACUGGUAUAUUCAAGAGCCCAAAGGCCUAGCUUCCUAGUGUCAAUUGAGAACAUCUCUUAAUAGCCACCCCAUCCUCAGAGCUCCCUAUGAGACUGGCUGAGGCUGCUGUUGCAACUGCUGUAUAUCACAUUCAACUUCUUAUGCCCUAUCCUGUUUCUCUUGCUCCCUCAUAGGUGUUAUUCCCUGAGAAGACUCCCCAAUAAUCCUUUGGAGGCAAAUCUCAGAUUCAGUGUCUGUUUCCUGGGGAACCCAACUUUUAACAGUUAGAGGAAACUGGCCAAAGUUCCUAAUUUUCCAAUUUGUUGCACCAGUCCCACGUGACCACCAAAAGCUUUUCUGGGUUUUUCUUUCCCUCAGGACAGACCCUCUUCAUGGACCAAGCUUGACCCUUAUUAGUCCAUGUCCAGAAUCAGUAAAUGUCCCUAGAAAAUAAAAUGGUCACUUACCUCAUAAGGGCUCCUCCCUUUCUGGAAUUCCCAUUCACCUAGUCUUACUGCUUUCAGAACUCUCACAUAUCUUUAAACAUGAUCUUUUUAAUUUUUCCAUCUUUUUUUAGUUGUUGCAGGAAGAGUUUUAGGCUGCCAUGACCUACUACAUCCUAGCCAGAAGUGGAAGUCUCCAGAGAGAUUUUCAAAAUUACAGUUGUAUGGAUAUUAACUUUUUUCCUAACUCAACUGAAUUGUGGUGAGAGAAUGUGUUCUGUAUUAUUUAAAUAGCUUAAAAUUUGCUGAAAUUUUUUUGUAGUCAAAUAUAUGGUCAAAUUUAACAGUUCAUAUACUCUUAAAAAUAUGUAUUCUUACACUGCUGGAUGCAAUGCCCUUUGUAUGUUCAUGGAAUCAAGUGUGUUGAUUGUUUUGUGUAAAUCUAUAUCCAAAGUCUUGACUUUUGUCUACUUGAUCUUCCUGUGAAAGAGGGAUAAUAAAAUUUCCCACUGCUCUGGUAAACUU